GCUGCUAGCCCUACACCCGCCAUCCCAUGCAUGGCCGGGGCGACCGUCGACAUGAACGCGGAGGGGCUCGGAGCACGCGGAGGGGGCCACGUAGGGCACGGACCACUGUCCUUCAGCGUCGAGUCACUGCUGGAGGCUGAGCGCGUACGGGACUCCGACCCUGGGGAACUGGGGGAGGAGAGGCCGCCGGGUGCCUCGAAGCCCGGAGCCUGGCCCCCACCGGUCACGCACACGUGUCCCCCACGUGUCCCCAGCCCUCCACCCUGCACUCUCCGCAAACACAAAAACAACCGCAAGCCACGGACGCCCUUCACCACCGCGCAGCUGCUGGCGCUUGAGCGCAAGUUCCACCAGAAGCAGUACUUGUCCAUUGCUGAACGCGCCGAGUUCUCCAGCAGCUUGAACCUCACUGAGACUCAGGUCAAGAUCUGGUUUCAGAACCGCCGAGCCAAGGCCAAGCGGCUGCAGGAGGCUGAGCUGGAAAAGUUGAAGCUGGCUGCCAAGCCACUACUGCCGGCGGCAUUUGCCCUGCCGUUUCCACUGGGCACGCAGCUGCACAGCUCCGCAGCCACUUUUGGCGGCGGCGCGGUUCCUGGGAUCCUAGCCGGGCCGGUCUCGGCUUAUGGCAUGUACUACCUGUCAUAG